UUCCCUGGGACCCCUGGCCCCGGUCGCCCUCUCUCCCCCGUCUGGUUAGACCAUCCGCCCUGCGCCCCCGCGCCGUCCGGGUUCUCCGAGCCCCGCGGUCGCGCCCCAGCCAUGACCCCGGCCCCAGUUCUUAUAGCCUCGGAAGAUCUUCCAGUCCCUGGGGUCCAGUUCCUGGGGAGGGGGCUCUGAUCCCUUGGAACGCUGGCCCCAUCAUUCGGACGAAGAAUCAGCCAAAAUUCCUACACAGAAUAAAACUGGAAAACACACCCAGGAGCUCCCGGCACGCGCCGGGCACCUCCUGCCCUUCCCCUCUGGAAAGGUAUUUCUGGAUGAUGCGUUCCUCCCCCAUCCCCCCAACCCUGUCAUCCGCUUCCGUCCUGGGUUGGGGGACACAGACGCUGGGAGGAUUACAAGUGGGUGCCCCGAAUCCAGCUCAGCCUGACGACUAGAAAGGCAGGACACCUGUUGGGAUGGGCCUCCAGGACCCAGGAGUGGCACAAGGAGGACCAAGGAGUUCUUGCCCAAGACAGGGACUCUGCAGCCAGCCCUGGAGCCCUGGACCCACCCCCUGCCCCUCAGCGCCACUGUUCCCCAGAGGAUCAUUAAGGGAUGGACCAAUCUUCACCCCUCCAUUCUCACUCUGAGUUGUCCUUCUGAGAAGUCAUCCCUCCCAAUCCCCAGCUUUCCGGAGACUGGACCAGGCUUGGGUCCUUACAGAGCGCAACCCCCACCCGAAGCCCAGAUGCCACAGUAGAGUGUUUACUUCCGGUCCCCUCCUCCCUGGGCCCAGGGCCAUCAAGGGAGGAGCAAUGGAUAAGUGGGCGGGCAGGCCCCGGUUGUGUCUGAUGCUGCUUCUGUCCCUCCCUCAGCUCUGCCUGGAUCAGGAGGUGUUGUCUGGACACUCUCUUCAGACACCCUCCGAGGAGAGCCAAGGCCCUGAAGGGGUCUGGGGUCCUUGGGACCAGUGGGCCUCUUGCUCUCAGCCCUGUGGGGUUGGGGUACAGCGCCGGAGCCGGACAUGUCAGCUCCCUACAAUUCAACUCCACCAGGGCCUGCCCCUUCCACCCCGGCCCCCAAGACAUCCAGAAGCCCUGCUUCCCCGGGGUCAAGGCACCAGACCGCAGACUUCCCGAGAAACCCUUCCCCUAUACAGGCCACCGCCUCGAGGAAGAGGUGGCCCUCUUCGAGGUCCUGCUUCUCAAUUAGGGAGAGAGGAGGCUCCGGAGACUCAAGGAGCCAGGAGGUCCCGGGUUCGAGACCCCAUCAAGCCAGGAAUGUUUGGCUAUGGGAGGGUGCCUUUUGCUUUGCCGCUCCAUCGGAACCGCAGGCAUCCCCGAAGACCACCCAGAUCUGAACUCUCUCAAACCUCAGAUCUUCCAUCCCUGACUCCGAGAACAGAGCCACCUUCCACAAACCACACCCAGAAAACAGAACUGUCUCCUACAGAAUCUUCUGCCCACACCCUCCCACCCCAAGUAGAACCAAGCCCUGAAGCUGCUCAGACAGCAGUGCCCUCUAGAGCCAGGCCUGCCCCCACAGGGCCACACCCCAGAGCCCAGGCCUCUGGCACAGAGCCCUCCUUUCAUUCCCCAUCCCCAGGAGAAGGUAGCUCCUUUCACCUGUCCCUUCAGCCAAGAAGGCCAAGUUCCCAGGGUUGGGCCAGUCCCAGGCUAGCAGACAGACACCCUAAUCCUUUCCUUUCUGUGCCUUGGGGCCGAGGCCAGCAGAGCCGGGAGCAGUGGAGACCUGGGGGGCAUCUCCAUGGGUCCCUCACAGAGUCUGCCCCUCCCCAGCCAGAUGGCUGGCUGCCUCUGCUGAGCUCUGGCCCCAACUCCAGCCCACUCUGGAGCCUCUUUGCUCCCAGUAGCCCUGUCCCAAGAUGUUCUGGGGAGAGUGAACAGCUGAGAGCCUGCAGCCAAGCGCCCUGCCCCCCUGAGCAGCCAGACCCCCGGGCCCUGCAGUGUGCAGCCUUUGACUCCCAGGAGUUCAUGGGCCAACUGUACCAGUGGGAGCCCUUCACGGAAGUUCAGGGUUCUCAGCGCUGUGAGCUGAACUGCCGUCCCCGUGGCUUCCGCUUCUAUGUCCGUCACACCCAAAAGGUCCAGGACGGGACCCUGUGUCAGCCCGGAGCCCUGGACAUCUGUGUGGCUGGACGCUGUCUGAGCCCUGGCUGUGAUGGCAUCCUCGGCUCUGGCCGGCAUCCAGAUGGCUGUGGCGUCUGUGGGGGUGAUGAUUCUACCUGUCGCCUCGUCUCGGGGAACCUCACCGAGCGGGGUGGCCCUCUGGGUUAUCAGAAGAUCUUAUCCAUUCCUGCCGGGGCCUCCCGACUCCAGAUCGCCCAGCUCCGGCCCAGCUCCAACUACCUUGCACUUCGAGGUCCUGGGGGCCGGUCCAUCAUCAAUGGAAACUGGGCUGUGGAUCCCCCUGGGUCCUAUACCGCCGGCGGGACUGUCUUCCGGUACAACCGUCCUCCCCGGGAGGAGGGCGCUGGGGAGAGUCUGUCCGCAGAAGGCCCCACCACCCAGCCCGUGGAUGUCUACAUGAUCUUUCAGGAGGAAAACCCAGGUGUUUUCUAUCAGUAUGUCAUCUCUUCACCUCCCCCGAACCUUGAGAACCCCACUCCGGAGCCUCGUGUUCCUCAACUCCAGCCUGAAAUUUUGAGGGUAGAGCCCCCUCCUGUUUCAGCGCCCCGCCCUGCCCGCACCCCAGGCACCCUCCAGCGGCAGGUGAGGAUCCCCCAGAUGCCCGCCCCACCCCCUCCCAGGACACCGAUGGGGUCUCCAGCCGGAUACUGGAAACGAGUGGGACACUCAGAGUGCUCGGCAUCCUGUGGGAAAGGUGUUUGGCGCCCCAUCUUCCUCUGCGUUUCUCGAGAGUCAGGAGACGAGCUGGAUGAACGCAGCUGUGCCAUGGGUGCCAGGCCCCCAGCCUCCCAGGAGCCCUGCCACGGCCCCCCAUGCCCACCAUACUGGGAGGCCGGCGAGUGGACGUCCUGCAGCCGUUCAUGUGGGCCGGGCACCCAGCACCGUCAGCUACGCUGCCGGCAGGAGUUUGGGGGCGGCGGCUCCUCAGUGCCCCCCGAGCGCUGCGGGCACCUGCCCCGGCCCAACAUCACCCAGCCCUGCCAGCUGCGCCUCUGCGGCCAUUGGGAGGUUCGCUCGCCCUGGAGCCAGUGCUCUGUGCGAUGCGGGCGCGGCCAGAGGAGCCGGCAGGUCCGCUGUGUCGGCAACAACGGGGAUGAAGUGAGUGAGCAGGAGUGCGCCUCAGGGCCCCCGCGGCCCCCCAGCAGAGAGGCCUGUGACAUGGGGCCCUGCACCACGGCCUGGUUCCACAGCGACUGGAGCUCCAAGUGCUCAGCGGAGUGUGGGACGGGAAUCCAGAGACGUUCUGUGGUCUGCCUUGGGAGUGGGGAGGCCCACGGGAUAAGCCAGGAGGAAGCAGGGGCAGGAGCCGGUGAGCAGACCUGUGCACCCGGAAGCCGGCCCCCUGACAUGCGUGCCUGCAGCCUGGGGCCCUGUGAGGUGUCGUGGUGCUGGUACACUGGGCCCUGGGCGGAGUGCUCCUCAGAGUGCGGCUCUGGCACGCAGCGUAGAGACGUCAUCUGUGUGUCCAAACUGGGGACUGAGUUCAACGUGACUUCUCCUAGCAACUGUUCCCACCUUCCCAGGCCCCCUGCCCUGCAGCCCUGUCAAGGGCAGGACUGCCAGGACCGGUGGUUUUCUACACCCUGGAGUCCGUGUUCUCGCUCCUGCCAGGGCGGCGUGCAGACAAGGGAGGUCCAGUGCCUGACUGCCAAUCAGACCCUCAGCAUCCGAUGCCCUCUUCAUCUGCGGCCCGCCAGGAAACGAUCCUGUAACAGCCAGCCCUGCAGCCAGCGCCCUGAUGACCAAUGCAAGGACAGCUCUCCACACUGCCCCCUGGUGGUGCAGGCCCGGCUCUGCGUCUAUCCCUACUACACAGCCACCUGUUGCCGCUCUUGUGCCCAUGCCCUGGAGCGGUCUUCCCCAGAGCCUGCCUGAAAAGGGUCCAAGAGACCCUCUCCUUGUGGUUUUCUCAUACCACCAUCAGUCACCCCUCAAUCAUCCCACUCUGUAUCCUCUGGCUCUCCAGCCUGUCCUGGUCUCACUAGAGAUGUCCCCCAGGGUGAUGGAAGUUGGCAAGAUGAUGGACAGUGACCAUCAAGAUGUGUGGCUGGGUCUGUGCCUGUGUGGGGUGUGAUGGUGUGUGUGCACACAUGCACCCAAAUGUGUAUGGGCCCGUAUGGAUGUGUGUGCGCCCAUACAUCUGUAUCACUUCUCAAAAAGAAGUUACACAGUCCCCCGGGAGGGGAUGAUGCCUGUUUCCAAGAGAGUUUUCUGGGAUGAGAGGAAAGCAAGUUUGCAGCUCUUUGGGAAUCCGAGCUACUUAGAGUCUGGCCUCCACAUUAAUCCCAAUUUUGUGUCCUAACCCUCAUUUCUCCUGUUCAGGCCAUGUAUCAUGUAAACCAUCCUUCUGUCCUCUGACUCCUCCCUUUACCUAGUUUCUAUCCCUCCCUCUCAUAGCUAAUGAGGGGUGGGGGUGAGCGAGUGCCUUCCAGGAAGAGAGACUGUCUCCCAGAGCAGAGACCAGCUGGGCAGAGGAUGGAAAAGAGCAAGUUUAGAAUAAGACAUCCUAGCCCCUGCUUCUGCUCCCCACCUCCUAAAGUGGUUCCUACUCCAGAACUAAUUUAUUUUUAUUAAAGAUGAUUAUGACAAAUGA